AUGACAGGGUUAUCAGUAGUUUUGAAAAAAAUGUGGUUAUGUGGAUCAUAACCUCAAACCUCAAGACAAAAAUGUAGUGGAAAAAAAUACUGUUGAACUUGUAAAUGUUUAUUAUUUAAUAAUGGAUUUAAACCAGAAGUUAUCUUCUCUUCAAGAGAUUUCAAAAACCCUGCUAUCAAAAAUCUUCAGUUCUGUCCCGGGGACUAAACAUAUCGUGAUUGAACCAAGUGUGAUUCGCCCCCUUGAACGUGUUUGUAGUGUGAGUUGGCUAAAGGGUAACGGCAUUGAGAAAAUAUUCAAGUUGGAAGGGAACUGUCCCAAUUUUGGAAACAGCCCCGUAUUUUACAUGAUUUUCUGUAAAUUAGCCACAUUUAAACGAGUGGUUGAUCAAAUUCGGUCGCAAAUCGAUCAGGAAAAUCCAGUUAAGAAUAGGUUUCACAUAAUUAUUGUUCCACGUUAUUUGAAUUAUUUUCAAGACGAGUUGGAAGCGUUGGGCCUGUUUUCCAUUAUCAAAUUACAUUGCUUUCAUUGGUUUCCUAUUCAUUUAGACGCGGGGAUUUUAAGUUUAGAAUUACAUGAUGUUUACAAGAAUUUGUAUUUGUUGCAUGACUAUACGUUUUUGCAGCCGUUGUCGAAAGCGUUAUGGAACAUGUUUUUUGUGAUUGGUAAACCAAAGUUUCAAAUAGCUGUAGGCGAAUAUUCAAAUAAGAUUUUGCGUCAAAUUGACUUACUCUCGUCUGAGAAGGGUGAAACAGAUAGACUUAAUUCAGAUAUAGGAGCUUUAAUCAUAAUUGACAGAAAUGUAGAUUAUCCCAGUGCCUUACUUACACCUGGUACCUAUUCAGCUUUAUUAAAUGAAGUGUAUGGGGUUACUACUGGAACGGUGGAGCAUAAAGAAGACGAGGAAGAAACGGCACAAGGUCGUCUCAAUCCAGUUAUAAAAAAACAACCAGUUAAAUUCACCCUUGAUAGCAAUCUUGACUCGAUUUACUUUGAAAUAAAAAACUUGUAUUUCACUGAAGUUACGUCAAGCUUGAGGACCAUGACCAGAAAACUGAAAUCCGAGGCACUCGAAUCACGUGACAUGGGCUUAAACGAAAUGAGACACUACGUGCAAAAGCUCCUCCAGCCCGCCCAAACCCGUAAAAAACUAAUCGCGAAUCAUUUACUCGCGGCUGAGACCAUAGCCAACGUCCUAGGCCCUCGCUACGAGUCGCAGCGAGAAAUCGAGUCAAACAUCAUCCAAAACACCAACCGUGCCUCCAACUUCUCCUACUUGGAAGAGAGUCUUUGCACAGAAGACGACCCUUGUGUCACGUUGAGACUCUUUUGUUUGCUUUGUGUCACUCAGAAACUUACCGAGAGUGAAAUUAAAAACUUCUGGAGAAAGUUCCUACAUCAGUUCGGCUUUUGUUCCAGUUUGGCAUACCGAUAUUUGAUCAAUGCCAAUUUCGUACCGGAGGUGGGGGUUCCAGGACAGACAAAAAUUCGGUUCCCGAAAUUCACGACGAAGGAAUUUUACGCCAAUGCGAAUAAGUUUAAACAAAUUCCCGCGAAUCCGGAACUGGCUAAUUUAGGCAAUCCAGGUUGUGCGAGUUAUGUCUUCGGGGGGAUUUACAUACCGUUGUUAACGAAAAUUGCGAGUAUGAUCGUUAGUGCGACUCCGAUUGAUGAAAUUAAGAGUAAGUUAGAAGGGCUAGGGAUGGUUACUUUGAGGAAUGAUAACGCGUAUCCUUUGGAAACGAGAACUGUUCUAAUUUAUUUCAUUGGAGGGGUCACGUAUGCCGAAAUUGCCGCUUGCAAUUUAUUGGAGGCUUUUACAAGAGCUACAAUAAUCGUUAUGAGUGAUAAGAUUGUUUCAGGUAACGAUCUGAUGAAGCAAAUGUUGUCUUAAAUCAUUUUGUUGUUUGUUUCAUUUUGUAAAGACAGUCUAGCUCUAAAUGAGUCUCUAUUUUUUUUAAAGUUUUUCGAUUAUUGUCCAUGCAAUUUGUAAGACGUUGUUUUGUUUUAAGAAUUUAAAUGUAUUUGAAAUUAUAAAUUUUGUACUGUUUUCUUAUUAAAAUAAACGAAUAAAAAAAAUAAAAUAAA